AUGCCCCUUGUAAUGGAGUUGGCUACUGAUGACAAACCACCAAUGAGGCGAUGGCUUAUGGCGGGACUGAAUAAGAAGAAGAAGAAGGAGUCAGGUUGGCGGGAUGCAGCUUUACAAGCACUGGAGUUUGUUUCCUCUGCUGAUAUUGGCAACACAAUCAAAAAAGCUAUAUAUUUCAGUCGUCAUACUCGUGUCAUAUAAAUAUCAUAAAUAUUGUUUAUACUUAUAUACUAUUGUGGUUUAAGUGAGAGAUGUUACAAUGGAGGAACCUGCAGCAAUACGAUGGAUGACCGUGGUUUUCAGUGUCAUUGUCCGACAUACACAACAGGAUCGUUUUGUGAACAUACGACCACAAGUAGUACCACGACCACGUCUACCACCACAACAACAACUACACCUGCCUCAACAAGCUCGACAACUGCAACUACAACACAUAUUCCUCAAACAAUUACAAUUGGUUUUCUACACUGCGACCAGUAUGUUGUCAUCAACGGUAUAGCGCACAACAAUGUUGUUUCCCAUUCAUCGGGAAACCUGUGCGCGUCCAGUAGAACUCAGACAGGCCCGGACGCGUUUAUUAUUCAUGGUUGCCACAUAAAGAGUACGGCUACAUGGGGACAAGGAAAACAAGUGACCUCCGAUUGCUUAUCUAUACCUGAAUACACACCUGUCGCCAUGUUUUCCAACGGAUCUUACCCACUCACCGGGGGAAGUGCCGGUGUCUUCAUAGAGUGCCUUCCAAACGGAUUCAAGAUGAUAACCCAGGAAUGUGACCAAGCCCCAGCAGUGGUAAGAGUCGAAACUGGAGGACCUAGUGCUCUCAACCCAGACAACUACUACACCAUUGUUUAGUUUAUCAAUUUGAGUCAAUUUGAGAAUCAAGUUAAUUAGCGAAAUAAAUUAGAAUACCGAUGUGCCA